AUGUCUAUGCUUGCCAUGGCUGCCCCAUCCCCCCAUUCAGCGUUCAAGUCCUACCCCUGGGACGGGGGCAGGUCUUCCACAGCUGACUAUGCCACGCGCCCUCGCACUGAGCCGGAAAGAAUCGCCCUUCCCUCCAUCCGUCAGGCCAUCCCAGAGCUUCACCUUCGUCUCCAGCCGCAAGAGGCAUCAACCACGAGAACCACUUCCUCCAACACAUCGCCAACAGUGGGAUUCGCUGGUGUAAUGACGCCUCCAGAGUAUGUUCACUCGCCAAACUCUAACAAGAGGAGGAGACUUUCAAUCGACGAGGAGCAAGAAAGCGAGAGAGUCAGCCGCGUACCUAGACUCUAUGAGAGCCCUGCUCGUAUUCCUCAACGCCAGAUUUCCCCACCAGCGCCCUCUCGUGCGGCGACUGAAAGCUGGACCGGCUCCGCAAGAACCAGCCCUUACAUGUCUUCAUCUGGCAUGCCCUCCAUGCGAUCCCCCGCCAUGGAGGUCAAUGAGCGCCCUGAGAUUCGCCCGACGCUCCCCAGUCUUCCUCCCAUGAACUUCUCUGAGCGGGAGUCGAUCCCCAUGCAGCGUGUUCGUGGACACUCUCAGGACGAGUUCCAGCCCAUCCGUCCCUCUCUGGGUAUGCCUUCCGGUCACAUGGUCGAGCCUGCCCCUGCCUACCGCGCCAGCGGUUACGCCUACGGAUACCACCACCCCAGCCGCGUUCAGUCUCUAUCUCUUGGUUCAAUUCACCCGUUUGACCGUACACCUUUCUCUGCUGCUGGCUACGGCCACUACCCUGAAUUCAUGCGCAUUGGUGAACUUGGCGCUAUGGGCAUGCACGGCGACAGCAAGCAACGCAAGCGUCGCGGCAACCUGCCCAAGGAGACGACUGACAAGCUUCGUGCGUGGUUCGUGGCUCACCUGCAUCACCCAUACCCUACCGAGGAUGAGAAGCAGGAGCUUAUGCGCCAGACUGGUCUGCAGAUGAACCAGAUCUCCAACUGGUUCAUCAACGCGCGGCGCCGGCAGCUGCCCACCAUGAUCAGCAACGCCCGUGCUGAGUCCGACGCCAUGUCUAGCCGCAGCGGCGAGAGCAAGAUCCUGCCAUCGACAGAGCGUGCCGACUAUGGCGACAGCAAACGCUCCAGCGUUCCCCUCAGUGACGGAGAGGCCUUUGAUGAGGACCUCGAGGGCCUGAAGCAGCGGCGCUCGGCGCACAUCAAGAGGGGGAGCAUCUAG